AGUGAAUUUCAUGGUCCAUCUUUGAAUAAGAAUGGAUAUUCACAGCAUCUCUGGAAAAAGAAUACAUUUGGUUCUUUUUUUAUGCCAAGUUAUUACUGCGUUGGAUGUACCUCUUGAUUCAAAACUUCUUGAAAAAUUGUCACAGCCUCCAACAAUAACACAGCAGUCUCCAAAAGAUUAUAUUAUUGACCCAAGAGAGAAUAUUGUAAUACAGUGUGAAGCAAAAGGAAAACCAUCUCCUACCUUUUCAUGGACACGUAAUGGAACUCACUUUGAUAUAGAAAAAGAUCCACGAAUAAGAACGAAGCCUCACUCAGGGACUCUUUUAAUAAAUAUUAUUAAUGAAGAAAGUGGAGGAAAAGCAGAAUUAUAUGAAGGUGUCUAUCAGUGUACAGCAAGGAAUGUGCUUGGAGCAGCAAUUUCCAAUAAUAUUGUUAUAAGAGCAUCCCGAUCUCCUUUGUGGACUAAAGAAAAGCUAGUUCCAGUAAGAAUUACUGAAGGUCAAUAUGCAAUUCUUCCCUGCAGGCCACCAGCAGGGUUACCACCACCUAUAAUAUUUUGGAUGGACAACUCUUUUCAAAAGCUGCCUCAAAAUAAUAGAGUUUCACAAAGUCUAAAUGGAGAUCUUUAUUUUUCUAAUAUAAUACAAGAAGAUAGCCGUGAAGAUUAUAUAUGUUAUGCAAGAUUUAACCACACUCAAACUAUUCAACAGAAGCAACCUAUUUCAUUAAAAGUUGAACCAGUGGAUUCAUUGAAUGAAACAUUAACUGCUAAUAUGAAUGACUCUGAUUUUUAUGGUGUCAGAUUUUAUUCCGAAAGACAGCCAUCUCUUCUAACUCCUGCUGGAAAUGCAAGUAGCAAAAUCGAACUAAGAGGAAACACUCUUAUGCUGGAAUGUAUUGCAGAAGGAUUACCUACGCCAUUAAUCCGCUGGAGCAAAGAGGGUGGUGACCUUCCUGUCAACAGGACUUUCUUUGAAAAUUUUCAUAAAACCCUCAAAAUUAUAGCUGUUUCUCAAGCUGAUUCAGGAAAAUACAAAUGUAUGGCAACAAAUCGUUUGGGUUCUGCUUACCAUGUUAUUACAGUCAAUGUCAAAGCUGCCCCUUAUUGGAUAAAAGAACCUACAAACCUUGUAUUAUCUCCUGGAGAAGAUGGUUCCUUGAUUUGUAGAACUAAUGGCAAUCCUAAACCCAGCAUAAGCUGGUUAGCAAACGGAAUUCCAGUUGAAAUUGCUCCUGAAGAUCUCAGCAGAAAAAUUGAUGGUGAUACAAUUAUUUUCACUAAUGUGCAAGAAAGAUCAAGUGCUGUGUACCAGUGUAAUGCCUCUAAUCAAUAUGGAUAUCUAUUAGCAAAUGCAUUUGUGAAUAUUUUAGCUGAACCACCAAGAAUCCUUACUUCAUAUAAUAAACUUUAUCAAGUCAUUGAAAAUAAGCCUGCAUUGCUAGAUUGUGCUUUUUUUGGUUCGCCUAUGCCUGAAGCUGAAUGGUUUCAAGGAGUGAAAGGUAGCAUUCUCCAGGGCAACCAGUAUGUUUUCCAUAAUAAUGGCACCUUGGAAAUUCUGAAAGCCCAGAAGGACAGCAGUGGCAUGUACACCUGCAUAGCAAGAAAUAAACUAGGAAAAGCACAGAAUAGUGUUCAAUUAGAAAUCAAGGAACCCACAAUGAUUAUUAAGCAGCCUGAAUACAAAGUUGUACAAAGGAUGGAACAGGUUUUCUUUGAAUGUGUAAUUAAAUAUGAUGCAACAUUAAUACCUACAGUUAUAUGGUUGAAGGAAAAUGAUGAAUUGCCUGAUGAUGGACGGUUUAUUAUAGGUAAAUACAACUUGACAAUUAUGAAUGUCACUGAUAAGGAUGGUGGAGAAUAUACUUGCGUAGCUAAUACUACACUGGAUAGUGUUUCUGCAAAUGCUGUACUCACUGUUGUGGCUCCUCCAACUGUUCCACCUAUUGUUUACGAUCAUCCUGAUCCACCUUACGAUUUGGAAUUAACAGAUCAUUUAGAAAGAAGUGCUCAACUCACUUGGAUACCGGGCAAUGAAAAUAAUAGCCCCAUUACAAGGUUUAUUAUUGAAUAUGAAGAUGCUUUGCAUGAACCAGGAAUAUGGAAUUACCAAAUGGAAGUCCCUAAUGUGUUCACAACUGUAAAGUUAAGGUUAUCACCAUAUGUGAAUUAUUCAUUUCGUGUAAUAGCUGUCAAUGAAAUUGGAAGGAGCCAACCAAGUGAAGCUUCUGAAAAGUACUUUACAAAACCUGCAAAGCCAGAUGACAAUCCUAUUAAUGUUCAAGGGAUUGGAACAGAACCUAAUAAUUUGGUGAUCACUUGGAAGCCUUUAACUGAUUUUCAGUCCAAUGGUCCAGGUCUUCAGUACAAAGUCAGUUGGCAACAGAAUGAUGGUGAAGAUGAAUGGACAUCAGUUACAGUUGCAAAUGUAUCUAAAUAUAUUGUAGCUGAUACACCAACGUUUGUUCCAUAUGAGAUAAAAGUACAAGCAUUAAAUGACUUAGGACCUGCACCUGACCCUUUAAUAAUAAUUGGACAUUCUGGAGAAGACUUGCCAAUGAUUGCUCCAGGAAAUUUACAGGUACAAAUUGUAAACAGUACGUUAGCGAAGGUGCAGUGGGAACCAGUUCCAUUAAAGUUUAUCCGGGGUCAUCUUCAGGGAUACAAAAUUUACUAUUGGAAAGUCAAACAUUUAUCUGGAAAAAUUAAGCGGCAUGUGGAAAAAAGAAUGUUGACUUUCAGUGGAAAUAGAACGCAUGGAAUGGUACCGGGAUUAGAGCCUUUUAGUUCUUAUAAACUGAAUGUAAGAGUGUUUAAUGGGAAAGGAGAAGGACCACCAAGCCCAGAUGAAACAUUUAAGACUCCAGAAGGAGUUCCCAGUGCACCCUCUUUUUUGAAGAUUACUAAUCAAAAUCUGGACUCUCUUACUUUGGAAUGGGGCCCACCUUCUCAUCCAAAUGGUGUUCUGGUGGGAUACACAUUAAAGUUUCAACCAAUUAAUAGUACUCAUGAAUUAGGUCACUUGGAAGAGAUCAAUAUUCCUGCAAAUGAGACCAGCUUGAUUUUAAGCAACCUGAAUUACAGCACUCGAUACAAGUUCUAUUUUUAUGCACAAACAUCAGUUGGAUCCGGAAGUCAAAUAACAGAAGAAGCAGUAAUAAUUAUGAAUGGAGGUAAGAUGGGAUAUUCAGAAAACCCUUUUGAAAUCUCAUCUAUCAUGCAUACUGCACCUUCAACAUUUUAUAAGGUGCAGCCAGUGUAUCCAAGGAUAAAAAAUGUUACGAUAGCAGCUGCUGAAACAUAUGCCAAUAUCAGUUGGGAAUAUGAGGGUCCAGUUCAUGAGAACAUUUAUGUUGAAUAUGGUGUGGCAGGCAGCAAAGAAGAAUUGAAAAAAGAAAAUGUUAAUGGUUCUCGGAGCUUCUUUCUCUUAAAAGGAUUAACACCAGGAACGUCAUAUAAAGUCCGAAUUGGUGCUGAGGGUCUUUCUGGUUUUAGGAGCUCAGAGGCUGUGUUUGAGACAGGUCCAGCAAAGGCAAGUCGGCAGGUUGACAUUGCUACUCAAGGAUGGUUCAUUGGUCUUAUGUGUGCAGUUGCUCUUCUCAUCUUGAUUUUGCUCAUUAUUUGUUUCAUAAAGAGAAAUAAAGGUGGAAAAUACCCAGUGAAAGAAAAAGAAGAUGCACAUGGUGAUCCAGAAAUACAACCUAUGAAAGAAGAUGAUGGAACUCUUGGUGAAUACAGUGAUGUGGAUGAUCACAAGCCUCUGAAAAAAGGAAGCAGGUCACCCUCAGACAGGACUGUGAAAAAGGAAGACAGUGAUGAUAGUUUAGUUGAUUAUGGAGAAGGAGUCAAUGGCCAGUUCAAUGAGGAUGGCUCCUUUAUCGGACAAUACAGUGGUAAAAAAGAGAAAGAACCUGCAGAAGGAAAUGAAAGUUCUGAAGCUCCUUCCCCAGUUAAUGCAAUGAAUUCAUUUGUCUAAUUAAAAAAAGUGUUCCAUAUCAACAUCUACAUCAUACAUUUGUUCCCCAAAUUACAGAUAAGAAAAGAGACAAAUAUUCUAAACAUUGAAGUGGUUUUUUUUGAUAAUUUCAUAUAGAGAAAUUGUUAGAAUUUAUAACAAAAGUAAAUCUAAAUUAGAAUGCAAAACUUGAAGCAUUUUACACAGCAUUUGUUUAUAAAGAUGUUAAGAUGAGGAACAUCAGUUAAUACUGCAAAUGCAGUAUAAUGCAUGCAAAGUCUUGCAUAUAUCUCUAAAAAUCAAUUAUGCCAGUGAAAAUUAUUUUUCAUAAUUUGUUAAACAGCCUUCAAUUAAAUCCCUCAAGUCCAUUCCCAUUGUCAGAGUGUUAUAGUAGUAUUAUAUAGAAUUUCACUGUCUUUGUGGACAUUGUUGUGAAAUUAGUGACAAUGUCUAGCUUAAUGUCAUUAUGUCUCUUUUGCAAGGCAGGAACAGGAUAUCCAGUAUAUGAUUGAAAAUGACUAAGUAUGACACAUUUCUUGAUGCUAACUGAGAUUCUGAUACCUGCUUUUUGCUUCUCUUAUUUUAUAGACUUUUUAAUUACAAAGUAUUACUGCACCACAGUGUUCUAUUUUUUUAAAAUAUACUACACAUUGAGUUUUAUGUUUUCUUUUGUUUUAAUUCAUUUUGAAGUUGUACACUUAUGGAUGUAAAAUUUUCAAAUUAUAAAAAGUCCAAAAAUAUACAUGGCAAAAUAUAUUCAGUACCUUCAAAUAAUGUACAUUUCAUUAUGUACUAUAACUGGCAUUAUCCACCAGGAAGUUUUCUGAACAUGGUAAAUAUGGUAACAUUUAAGCAAACACCAAACAAAUGCAGAAAGAGUACUAGCAGGAAUAUUCCCAAUGUAUUUUGUCCAACUCGGUUGGCUUAAAAGUGUGUGAUUAAUUGCCAAAGUAAUUCAAUCACUUUCAAAUACCCAGAUAUGUUGGUUUGAUUAGGAAUAGUUUGUAUUUGUAUUAAAACUCAUUGAGAUAUCUUUAUUUAUGAAUAUGAACUAUAAAAUACAAUUUGCAUUUUCAUAAUCUUACGUGAUUUAUACAAAAAUGCUGCAUUUGUAUAUUUUGCUAAUAUAGGUACAGCUAUUCUCAAAAUAAUAUGCUAAUACAGCAUCCUUACAAUAGCACAUUUAUCUCUCAGUCAGAAAACCAGAAUACAGCUUUUAGCAGAGUACUUGGCAUGAAACAGGGUAUAGAAUGCUACAAAGCAGUUAACUCAUUUAAUAAAUGCUAAGUUUAAUUUUAUUUAAAUGGCCCCAUCUAUUAAUUGCAAAUUCCCUCUCAUAAACACACACACACACACACAGAUUAUUAUUGAAAAAGUUUACCUUCAAAUAUAAAAUGUUAUAUAACAACCUAUGGUUGAAGGAAUGCUCAGUUUCAUUUGCCAAUAAAUUGGUUUUUCAUAACUUGCAUCAAGUUUAAUUUUAAGUAAGCUUUUAUAUGUAGAUAUUUUGUUGAAUUUGUACAUACACUUAAAGUGUAGAUGCUAUAUGCUACUAGGUGUUAUAAAUAAAAAUGUUUUGGUUGUAUUGUGUAACCAAUAAGGUGCUUGGUAUUUUAAGCAUCUAUUAAAAUGCAUAUAAAUUUGGGACAAUAAAAAUUUACUAUACCUGU